AUGGACAAUGAUCGUACUCUGAUACUCCACACCGGCUCCUUUGAUGCAGCUUGCAAUUGGAAGCCAAUUGUCGUGCUCAGCGCCGUCAAUGAUUUUGAGAAUAUGUCUGAUGAAGACAGAACUGUGGCAAUCUGUUUGGAGACGUACGACGGAAAGCUUCGCAACUAUAGAGGAACGGCCUCAUUCGACCGAUUUGACAAUACCGCCAGCUACGCAUUCCACUUGUCCGUCCGCAAAGCCAAGCAUGCAAAGCAUUCGGUUGGUAGUGUUGCUGAAGUAUUGAAUGAUACGGUUGACCAAAUUGAAAUCCGCCUGACAAGCCGCUUUACGUGGGAAGCUCGUGCCGAGAAAGUAAAAGGAACCGAGACCAAAGGCCGAUGGAUCACGUUGUGUUUCAACAGAGAUGAAGACGCUCAAACUCCUAAUAGCAUCAAACAGAUCGACCUGAUCAUUCCCAAAUCAAAAACAUCUGACAAUGGAAAACUCCUUGCCCUUGCUAUCAAGAGCGCAAAGCACGUUGUUGAAGCCAAGAUUGCUGAGGAGGAAUUUCAAGCUGCAAAGAAUGCCUUGAAUGCCAUGCGUCUUUGA